AUGGCACUUAACAUUCGACGAAGUACUGACGAAGAAAUACGAGACAACGGACAUGACGCUGACCUGCUAUGCGGACGAUACACUUAUCCUGGUAGAGGGCAAAACGGCCCAGGAAACCGCAAGGAAGGUAACACGGGCGGCGAAGGAGGAAUAUAUCUCGAUAGCAAGCUGAGUUUCUCGACACAUCUGGAGAAGAGUACGAACAAGACCAUAGGGACCAUGAAAAAAAUCGGAAGAAUAAUGCCUAACAUCGGCGAACCACGACAGACCAGGAGACGACUCUUGGCGCGGGUAGGGGAGUCAAUCGCCUUUUACGGCGCACAGAUAUGGGGCAAAGAGACGAUCAAGGAUGCGAGGGCCAAAAAACUCCGUGACGUACACAGGGUCUGCGCGAAGAGAGUGUCCUCAGCCUACAGGACGGUGUCAAACACAGCCUUGGCGGUGGUUGCAAGAAUACAGCCCCUGGAGCUAACCGCGCAACAGAGGAGCCGGCAAUGGGAGUGCGAGAGGAGGAUCCUGAAGGCGGGCAACGACCUACCAAGGACAGAGCGUAAAGCGAUUCACAAACAUGAGGGAAAGUACGCUGCGACAUGGACCUUGCAACAAUGGAAGAACAGAUGGGCAAGCAUCACUACCACCAGCCAGUGGACGAAGCGACUAAUAGGAAACCUGGAACCAUGGUUGAAGCGGAAGCAUGAAGAAGGUAGCUAUCAACUCCCGCAAGCCCUAACCGGACACGGGCCUUUUAACCAUUAUGAGAUGCUCGUCAUUAACCAUAAAUUGCAUUAA